AUGACAGCCGCUGCUGCCUCUGCAGCUGCGCUCGAUCCGAGCAACAGCGCCAAGAACACUCUCAAACUCGAAAAUACCGAGAAGAGAGAUACCCUGAUUGCCAUUGAGAAGAAGUACCAGGCGAAAUGGAAGGCAGACAAGGUUUUCGAGGUCGAUGCCCCCUCCACCACGGAGGUCCCUGUGGGCUCCAUGUCCGCCGCCGAACUCCGUGAAAAGUACCCCAAGUUCUUCGGAACUAUGGCCUAUCCCUACAUGAACGGUACCCUGCACGCGGGUCACAGUUUCACCGCUAGCAAGGUCGAGUUCAUGGCCGGUGUCGCCAACAUGGAGGGCAAGCGCGCCCUGUUCCCUCUGGGUUUCCACUGCACGGGUAUGCCGAUCAAAGCCUGCGCCGAUAAGCUUUCCGAUGAAGUCAAGAAGUUUGGUCAGAACUUCGAGGGCUACAAGGAGGAAGACGAGGCGGAGGAGAAGGCCCCCGCUGCCCCCACGCAAGAGGUCAAGAACGAGCAGCAGGAGAAGUUUUCCGGAAAGAAGAGCAAGGCCGCCUCGAAGACCGUCAAGAUGAAGUACCAAUUCCAGAUCAUGCUGGCCAUCGGUAUCCCCCUCGAGGAAAUCCACAAGUUCGCCGACGCCAACCACUGGCUCCACCACUUCCCUCCUCUUGCCAUCCGCGAUCUCGACAGCCUGGGUGCCCGAAUCGACUGGCGUCGCCAGUUCGUCACCACGGAUGCGAACCCGUACUACGACGCUUUCGUGCGCUGGCAGAUGAACCGCCUGCAUGAGCUGGGCAAGAUCCAGUAUGGCAACCGCUACACCAUCUACUCUCCCAAGGACGGACAACCUUGCAUGGACCACGACCGGACUGAGGGUGAGGGUAUCGGACCUCAGGAAUACACUGCUAUGAAGUUGAAGGUGAAGGAGUGGGCUCCCGAGAUCGCGGAGCUGGUCAAGGGCAAGAUUGAGGACGAUGCUAGCGUGUACUUUGUCCCCGCCACUCUGCGGCCCGAGACCAUGUAUGGCCAGACUUGCUGCUUCCUCGGCCCCAAGAUUCAGUACGGUAUUUUCAGGGUCAGCGAGAAGGAAUACUACGUCUGCACCAAGAGAGCCGCCUGGAACAUGGCCUUCCAGGGCAUCUUCUUCAAGAAUGAUACCGAGCAUUUCCCCAAGACCCAGGACCAGCUCCCGCUUGUCCUUGAGGCCCCUGGAUCCGCCUACGUCGGAACCCUUGUCAAUGCCCCCCUUUCUUUCCAUAAGGAGGGUGUUCGCAUUCUGCCCAUGGAGUCUGUCUCUGCCAGCAAGGGUACUGGUGUUGUUACCUCCGUGCCUUCGGACAGCCCGGAUGACUACGCUACCUUGGCUGAUCUGGCUAAGAAGGCUGACUACUAUGGUAUCAAGAAGGAGUGGGCUGAGCUUGAGAUCUUCCCUCUCAUUGAGACUCCGACGUACGGAAACCUGACUGCUCCCACCCUGGUCAAGCAGUUGAAGAUCAACUCGCCCAAGGAUGCCAACCAGCUGGCUCAGGCUAAGGAACUGGCUUACGGAGAAGCUUUCUACAAGGGAACUAUGCUCGUUGGCGAGUUCAAGGGUGAGCCCGUGAGCGCUGCCAAGGAUAAGAUUCGCAAGUCCCUUUACGACAGCGGCGAUGCCUUCGCCUUCGCCGACCCCAUGGGCAAGGUUGUCAGCCGAAGUGGAGACGACUGUGUUGUUGCCUUCCUGGGCCAAUGGUUCCUGAACUACGGAGAGAACGACGCCAAGUGGCAGCAGGACACCCUGAACCACGUUGUGAACACCCUCAACACGUAUACGAACGAGACCAAGAACGGUUUCGAGAAGAACCUGAGUUGGCUGAACCGCUGGGCUUGCGCCAGAACCUACGGUCUUGGUUCCAAGCUCCCUUGGGACCCUCAGUUCCUCGUCGAGAGUUUGAGUGACAGUACCGUCUACAUGGCGUACUACACGAUCGCACACAUGCUCCAUGGCGACCGUUACGGCAACACGACGGGUCUCCUGAACAUCAAGGCUGAGCAAAUGAUUGAUGAAGUCUGGGACUACGUAUUCACGAGACGCGAGAUCAGCGAUGACCUUGUCUCCAAGAGCGGCAUCAGCAAAGACGCUUUGGAGCAGAUGCGGAGAGAAUUCGAGUACUGGUACCCCUUGGACGUCAGAGUCUCCGGAAAGGAUCUGAUUCAGAACCACCUGACCUUCUUCCUCUAUAUUCACGUCGCCCUCUUCCCCCCGGAGUACUGGCCCCGUGGAGUCCGUGCCAACGGUCACUUGCUGCUCAACGGUGACAAGAUGAGCAAGAGCACAGGCAACUUCCUCACCCUGAAGGACUCUGUUGACAAGUUCGGUGCUGACGCUACUCGUAUCGCUUUUGCCGAUGCUGGUGAUGGUAUCGAAGAUGCCAACUUCGAAGAGACUGUUGCCAACAGCAACAUCCUGCGUCUUCACACCCUUAAGGAGUGGAUUGAGGAAAUUACCAAGGACCAGACCCUGCGCACUGGCCCUGCGGAUACUUUCUGGGACAAGCUGUUUGACAACGAGAUGAACAGCGUUACCCGCGAGGCCAUUAAGCACUACAAGGACACCAACUUCAAGCUCGCUCUGAAGUCUGCCCUGUACGAUAUGACGAGCGCCCGUGACCAAUACCGUGACGCCGCGACGGCUACCGGCUUGGGAAUGCAUCGGGACGUGAUCCUCCGCUACAUUGAGCUGCAAGCUCUCCUCAUGGCCAUCAUCGCUCCUCACUGGUCUGAGUACAUCUGGCUCGAGGUCCUGAACAAGCCCGAUACCAUCCACCAUGCUCGUUUCCCUGAUGUCCCAGAACCCUCUGCUGAGCUCUCCGCCGCAAACAUCUACGUUCGCAGCGUGACCUCGAACAUCACCUCGGCCGAGGCUGCGUUCGUCAAGAAGCUUGCCAAGGGCAAGGCCACGGCCUUCGACCCCCGUAAGCCCAAGAAGCUCACCAUCUUUGCGGCGAAGAAGUUCCCCGCGUGGCAGGAGAAGUACAUCGACCUGGUCCGGGAAUCCUUUGAUGCGCUGAACAUCUCGUUCAACGACAAGGAGCUGAACGCCAAGGUCGGCAAGCUCGGCGAGAUGAAGAAGGCCAUGCCGUUCGUCCAGUCGCUCAAGAAGCGUCUCAUCGGCAAGGAGGCGCCGGAGAACGUCUUCGACCGCAAGCUGGCCUUCAACGAGCUCGAUGUCCUCAAGGAGAUGAUCGGUGGUCUCAAGCGCACCACUGGCUGCCGGGAGAUCGAGGUCAUUGCCGUUGACGAGGGCGGCAAGACCGGUGAGGUGCUUGGCUCUGGUGAGAAGAGGGAGGGUCUUGCGGCUGAGAACGCCAUUCCUGGCCAGCCUAGCUUCCACUUUGCCAACAUUGCCGAGUAG